AGGGCAACCGUGUAAUUGUUUGCGCCAGAAGAGUGGUUGGCGCUAUGAGCGCGAGGGUAUUUACGUCCACCGGCUUCUUCUGUGAUGGAGAGACACAAAGCACUGAAGCAGGGGGAGAGCGGGCAGAGGGAGCAGAGCAGGCAGCCUCGAUCAAGCCCUCAGGCGCUCCGCCACCGAAACCACCAUCUCCGUACGCGAACCACCGCGGCAGCAACGCGUUCCAGGAACCCCCUAAGCUGUACGGUCCUGUCAUGCAGGAGCUUGAGCCCGUCCCCGGCAUGGCGGGGCGGCUGUUUGGCGCCGGCGCAGCCGCCAACGGCGGCUCCUCGGCGACUGAGCAGCAUGGGGCCGCCGAGGAGCGGUGCCCGCGGUGCGGCUCCCCCAACACCAAGUUCUGCUACUACAACAACUACAACCUCGCGCAGCCGCGCCACUUCUGCAAGGCCUGCCGCCGCUACUGGACCAAGGGCGGCAACCUCCGCAACGUCCCCGUCGGCGGCGGCUGCCGCAAGCACAAGCCCAAGCGCCCCGCUGCCGCUGACGGCUCGGACAGGAACGGAAAGAUCCCACGCUCUGGCUGCGCCGGCGCCGGCGCUAGCUCCAGCCCCGCCGCCGACGGCGACGCGCCGGUGUCGAGCGCGUUCUCUGCUGUGGCCGAACCGAGCAGCAUCAGCAGCGGCCCCAGCAGCAGCGUCGAGGAGGUUGGCGCCGGCAGAUGCGCGGCCGGCGACAUGCGGCGGACGCUGCUCGUGCCCCCGCCGGCGCCGGUGUUUGCCGACCAGGCGGCCGUGUUCGCGUCCCUCUUCGCGACGCCGCGGCCUCUCCCGGGCUUCAGUUCCAGUGCGCAUCCCAUGGCGGAGGAGCGCGCUGCCAGUUCACUUGCAGAGCAGCGGUCGCCGGAGUCCGAUGCGGCUGCCGCCGCAGGCACAGCGCCGUUCUCCGGCUCCGCACGACCGGACGGUGCGCUUGCGGCUGGAGCAGGGGUAUUCGAGCUAGCGGGAGCCAUCGCCGGCGACGCAUCGCUGCCGGAGUACUGGAACCCUGGAAGCUGGACGGACCCGUACCCGGACCCGACCAUCUAUCUGCCGUAGCGUCGUGUCGUGGGCUUAACCAUCGUGUCUUGUACAGUGUGUACUAUAUAAAGCCCUGGUCCAACAAAUGCUAAUGGCUUCUUGUGAUAAUAACCCUUGGUUCUUGUGAUUGUCAUGCUUCUUA